GUUCUGCCUUGUCAAGUUGCCUUUAGGCAAUAUUGUUGGUCAUGGGGGAAUAUUGGGCACCUAUGAUGACCCCAGAUCUGGUGUGCGCUGGCUGGGGCUGCCCACUCGUCAAGAGAACGAGGCUCAAAUUUAUUGCCAUGUUCUUUGCGGGGCUGGCAAUACUUUACCAACAAAGACAGAUUCUAGACCUAUAUUGUACCAUUUCACAUGUACCUAGCCUGGGUACAAUCGACUUGUUUCUGGCACUACUCCCAUCUCUCUGCAGUGAUGUCUAGUUCUACUGGUCGAAAGAGUGAUAGAUCCAGAAGGAGAAACCAGGAAGAAGAUGGCGAGGACGGCAGAAACAGAGACAUUACGCCCCGUGGAUUUGGUCACAAUCCAGCAACCUGCUCCAACAUGGAAGGUUUGGGAGAAUGCGUUCAGCAGUGUCAUCUGGAUGACUGCAGAAGUGCUUCUGUGGGCGAAUGGGAUGAUUACAGAGGCUCGACCAGCGAAAAUGCUACGAUAUCAAGCUCAUCAUCUUCAUGGGGGAAUUGGAAAUGGGCGACUGCUGAACCAAGAGGAUAUUGGUGGAGAUCGAAAGAAAACGAACGGAAUGAAGUCGAAUAUGAAUACGACUCAGAAUCUGAGGGCCCCAACACCGAGCCGGUUGCAUCUUCGUCUCGCUACUUUACAAUUGCUCAGGCCCAGGAAUUAACCUCAAGCCAGAUCUCCUGGCACUCAAAUUAUACUCAGAGUGCUGGGCCACACCAGAUCGACCAGAACUGCGACAAUGUGGCAUCUAGGAAAUAUUAUGCCGAGCGAAGUUCCAAUCCCGUUUCUAAGCAAAGAGUUUCAUACAACACAAGUCAACGCGGGACAAAGCCCUACCCAGCUGUCCCGUCUCAGGGAUUUUACUUGGGACGGACAGUCUUUUCUGACAACGAGGAAUCACCCGAGGACCAUUUCAACUCCACAGGUGAGGGAAGCGAGAGCAUGUCAACUAAUAUCUCUGGAUCCGACUUUACGCAACCACCUCAAUUACCCCCAAUGUCCAUACCCCCACCGAUCAUUUGCGGUUGUGACGCAAGAGACAAUCUUUGUGGUGUCUUGAUAUUCCCCUCCCGGCCAAAACCAAAGGAUGGGAAGAUCAGCUCGAAGAGGAGUACAAGCAAGGCAGGAUCAAGCUCAGCAUUUGAUUCAGGAGAAUCGAGAUCAGGAUCUGGUAAACUUUCUGCGAUGGAUUUCAGGGCCCAAAUGGUUCAGGAUGUGGUCCGAUUAUCAUGCCUGGGAUCACUCCAUCCCCAAGGCCUCGACCUCCACUCGGGAGUAAUUCUAGGAGGGACUGGAGUGAUUACGAGGACGAUAUUCGCAGAUGGGAAGAAGGUUACCAGGAUUGGAAGAACAUCACUUGUCGCUGUCGUCGCGGGUAUUUUGAUGAAGAUGGGCGGUGGGUAUCUGGAGAAAAAGUUCGGGAAGGGACGAUGCUUCCAAACCCACGUUGGGAGUCCAACGACGGCUUUGCGCCAGAUGUGAGAUCAAUCAGGAAAAGUACCAAG